AUGUUGAAUGAAGCGGCCAGACAAAAGGCCAGAACUCUAUUAUUUCAAGAUGUUCAAAUAACUUUCAACAAAGAUUACUUGAAGGAUUAUCGCAUAGAACUGACCAAAGAUCGCCAAGGUUUCGAUUGUGAGAUCAUAUUAAUUAAAAAUAUUACCCAGCCUAUGUGGACUAAGAUAACGAUUGAAAUGCGAUUAAAAAAGGACAAUCGUUACAAAUCGAUAUUCAGUUAUGAAUUCAAUGUUUGUGAUUUUCUCGGUUUCACCGGAAGCAGCAGUUCCACGAAUAUGAUCAUUUUGUGGAUACAAAAUAUUCUCAAGUACAGUAAGCUGCCGAAGUCGUGUCCGAUAUUGACGGGCACCUAUGGCUGGGAUCAUUUCAAGGUGGAAAGGAACAGCAUACCCUCAUUUGCCAUGACUGGUAUAUACCGCAUAAAUGUUACAAAUUAUCUGAAAACGAACAGCGGCCGACUACCAAUGAGCGAUACAACAUUAAGGGCGGCCAUUCGAUUCAAAACUUUUUAA